UCGCUGCCCACCACCAGCAUCCAGCUCAGGCUGGCAGACGGCUCGCGGCUGCGGGCCGAGUUCAAUCUGUCACACACGGUGGCGGACAUACGCAGGUUCAUCCGCGCCUCGCGUCCCGACAUGGCGGGCCGCGCUUUCCGCCUGGCCACCGCCUUCCCGCAGCAGCAGCUGGACGACGACUCGGCCACCAUUGAGGGGGCGGGGCUUGCCAACAGCGUCAUCAUGCAGAGGAUGUAG